AGAGAAGCUUGCUCAGAUGCUUCAUGCAUUUCUUUGUUCACCCUGGCCCUGUCCUAUCACCAAAGAGGCUUCCAAAGCUCUGAACAAUGCUCACUUUCACCGGAUUCAGUGUGCUUGCGCUUGCUCUUUCUGUCACACAAGUACUAGCUGUUGGUACCGCUCUGGGAUUUGGUUCAGCCACGACGGGUGGUGGUUCUGCGACCGCUGCUGUACCGUCUUCUAACGCCGAGUUGCUGUCGUGGUUGGCUGAUAGUACUCAGCGUGUGAUCUUGCUCGAGUCCGUCUACGACUUCACUGAUUAUUAUGGCACAACGACUGGUAAGAUUUGCAAGCCAUGGACAUGUACUCCGGAUCCUCAAGUCGCUAUCGACCAGAAUGAUUGGUGCGAGAACUACGAACCAAGCGCUUCGACCGGCACAGCGACCUGGUACAACUCGGGGACCAGUUACUCUUACAGUUUGAAAGUGGGGAGCAAGAAAACGUUGCUUGGGAAAGGGAGUUCGGGUGGGAUUAAGGGCAUUGGGCUGCUCAUCGAGGAUGCAGAUAACGUCAUCAUCCAGAAUAUUAAGAUCUCUGACAUCAAUGCUGAAUUUGUUUGGGGAGGCGAUGCCAUCGCCAUCGUCGGCUCCACUCACGUUUGGAUUGAUCACUGCUACGUCGAGAACGUCGGUCGGCAGUUUAUUGCCACUGGAUAUGAUCCUGCUAAGGACGUCACGAUUAGUAACAACAUCUUCGAUGGUCGGGUCACGUACAGUGCUACGUGCUACGGUGACCACUACUGGGGCUUCAUAUUCACUGGCACGUCGGACACCAUCACCUUCAACCAGAACUACGUCUAUCAUACUUCUGGCCGUGGGCCCCAUAUCGGUGGAACGAGCGGAUAUACGCAAUAUCUCCAUAUUGUCAACAAUUAUUAUGUAGACGUUGGGGGACAUGCUGUCGACGCUGAAGUUGGCGCUGUUACUCUCGUGGAAGGGAAUUACUUCAACACCGUAACAACACCGUCACUCAACAGCAAUCCCGACGGUAGCGAAUACUUCCUCCAAAGCAGCACCGACGCCAGUAGCUGUGCAUCCUCCCUCGGACGGACGUGUCAGACGAACACCUUAUUGAGUUCUGGGAGCGUGACUGCCGUUCUGGAUAGUGCAGUUUUGAGCGCAUUCAGCUCGCAAUCCGCGAUUACAGGAUACUCGCCUCUUACUGCUCAAGCUGCGGCGACGUACGUCCAAGCCAACGCCGGUCUCGGGAUAGUCAACUGAGCGUAGCAGCGUCCUGAGUGUCAGGAAUGCAUGUUUCGACUGCCUUCGCUGUUUGGGCUUUUGAGUAAAUUAUUGGGUGGUUCUGCCAUGCAGGUUCAGGAGCUGUGGAAGACAAUGGUUCCGGUCCAAGUAUCAGGUUCAGAGUAGUAAAC